GGGUUCCCUACAGACUAUGGGAACCUGGGAGAUAUCAUUGGUUUCAAGGAACAGAAAUAUUCCAACCCCAUUGUCAUCGCUGAAGAUCGUUCCCGACUGGAAAUUCCAUGGGAAGACGAUCGAUAUGCCUCGAAACCUCGGUAUGAGGUCGAUCGAGCGUGGGACGAACUUCUCUCAUACUCCGGAUUCAAUCUCUCCGUCACAUCACCCGUUGCAGAACCAGCUCGAGGACAAACGAUCGAAUACGACAACGGCGAAAAACUUCUCGUGGGAUUGGAAGUCUUUCAUGGUCUUCACUGCCUCAACAUGAUACGCUGGGGCCUCUAUCGAGAAACCUACGUCGUUUUAGUCUCACCAGAAGAAACCGAACUUCAUCUUGAACAUUGCGUCGAUUAUCUUCGUCAGUACAUUCAAUGUAAUGCGGAUUUGACCCCCAUGUGGACGGGUGAUAUGGGAGGUGGUCAUUUGAUGGUGAAACCAUAUACUCCGCAUACGUGUCGAGAUUUUGAUCAGAUUACUCAGUGGAUUGAUGAUCAUCGG